CAAUCCUACGUUCGGAUCACGCUUCCGCCACUCACCGAUGCGGAGAGCAGCUUCCUGAAGGACAGCUAUGGCAACGAAUUCAAGUUCCUUCGGGCAUAUGGUCUCAGUAUUUACGACAACGAGAAGCGAGCCGAAGGUCGCAGCAUCCUCAAAGGCUUCAUC